CACGUAUCUCAAGCUCACUUUCACCAGCAAAUAUCCCUUGAAUCUCUCUCUCUUCUGUUACCUUUCGAUCUCCCUGUUUUCCAGCCCAUCUUCUUCAAAGCUCGUUCAAGAGGGGUUUCUGCAGAAGGAAAGAAGAGCAGAAAAUGGCGGACGAGGGCACGAUGAACUGCAUAGACAUCCUCCUCGCCAUCAUCUUGCCUCCUCUGGGUGUCUUCCUCAAGUUCGGCUGCAAGGUGGAGUUCUGGAUCUGUGUGCUACUCACGCUGUUUGGCUGGAUUCCUGGCAUCAUCUAUGCCAUCUAUGCCAUUACCAAGAACUAAACUUGAUUGAGUGGCGAUAGGUGAGAGGCCAAUGCGUGCGCGCCUCCCAUCCAACGGUCGCGGAUAUCGUGGGAUUUCCAACCAGCUUCGAACGCGUCGGAAGUCCCCCUUCUCUUCCUCGUUUCGUUUUCGUCACCGUCGUUAGUUGUGCGUAGCGUGAUGUUGAUUUGUAUUGUCGUGUAUUCAUUUCAUUUUCUUCUGUAAAGCGACGUGGCGAUCUUUAGAUUGUCGGCAGAUUUUUCGGAUAUGCUUUAAUAUCAUUUCUUUCAUCGACCCCACUUGAGAUUUUUCCUAAUAAAAACAUUGAGGAUAUGCUCGAA